AUGCCCAAGUCACCCUUCUCUCCGGGCUCAAGCCGUACAUUCUCAUCCGUUGGUCGCAUGCCCGUCAUCGCGGAGGACGACUCACUCCCCGCCAUUACGCACCCAAAAGCUGCUGCCCUCCCUCCACCACCGCCAUGCCGUAGCACGAAACCGAAAUACUACGGCCGCUCGCCAGUACCACGAGCUAUCAACCCGCACCCGUCCUACCCUCCUCCGGCCUACUCUCGCAGCUCGUCUCGCGACAGCACCCUCAGCACUCUGAGCACACGCAGCCUACUCAGCGGAGGCAGCUUUGGCAGCCGUCCGAGCUCGGGCACAUCAACCCCCAGGCUUUCUCCCAGGAAUUCUCUCAAGGACAAGUCUCAGCUCCUCCCCAUCAUUACGCCCGUAGGGCCAUCAUCGGCUGCAGAGAAGAACAAGAAGGGGCCCUGGAUCGCCCGCCGCGGCAACAGAUACCGCAUGAUAGUUGUCCUUAUCCUUGGAAUUAGCCUGAUUGUUGGUCUGUCAGUUGGCCUGACUGUUGGAAAGCGUAGUCCACCUCCUUCAACAUCGCCAGCUCCCACGAACUCGACAAACCUAUACCCCUCCGGCUCUUUCGCCUUCAACACGGCUCUGUUGGAAUCCAACACCGGAUGUACCGCCAACCCAUCGACAUGGCGCUGCUUCCCUUACCAAAACUACUCGCAAUCCGCGAACGACUCUCUCGCAUCCUUUUUCUGGACAAUUUCCCCAAAGAACUCGUACACCUACCAGAUAUCAUCCUCCUCCAACCCCUUUGCUCCGCAGUUCACAAACCAGACAAUGGUGCUGCUCGAAGGAAACACACUAAACGAGCGCCUCGUCUUCAACUUUUCCCUUCCCAAGACCGUGGUCCCGUCCGAGGCCAUCACCGAAGACGGACGCGCUGCAACCUGCACAUUCUCCGAUACCGCAUUCCGCGCGACCCUCUGGACGAGACGCAACACGACCACGCCGCUCGGCACUGUUGCGUCUGGAACGAACGCGAAUAGCACUGAUGGAAACGUCAAGUGGGGAGCAUGGACCGGUCAAGUCGAGAUCGUGCAAAUCAAGAAGGGGGGCCCGGAUUGUCAGGACAAAGCUGGUAAUGCCGUCACCGUCGCGGCGGGAAGAGAGCAGUGUAAGUGCCGGUACGCCAAUUACGACUUCAGCUCGCAGAAAAAGACGAAGAGGGAUUGGCAGGCAUAA